UGAGGUGGGUACUUCGAGUUACCUCAGAGAAACCAGUGACAACAAUGAGAAAGCAGUAAUCUGACCCACGGCAGAGCCUCUCGAUUAAAAGGGUUAUUAUCAGGUGAUGAUAGCAGGAAGUAGCCGGACCCGGGGCUCCGUCUAAUUAAAGUCCAGCCUCUGUUUCAGCCUCCAGACUGAGUCCACCUGAGCGUCUCUCUCCACGGCUCUGAAUGUCUAAACUACCAGGAAAUGCAGGUGUGUCGGUGCUCGGGGACAAGUCGCUGGAGUUCUACCGGGAUCCAGUGAGCUUCUGCCGGCAGAGGAUCGACAAACACCGGAGCAGAGUGUUUGUGAGCCGCCUGCUGAACCGACCGACCGUCUUCAUCUGCUCCGUGGAGGCGAUGAGGGAGCUGCUGUGUGAGAAAUCCAACCAGUUUCUAAAGGAUCCGACUGAUCUGAUGACAAACGUGUACGGUGACACUAUUGUUACCACUAACGGUGAAGAAGCUUGCCUCCUCCGUCUGUCCUUCACCAGCCUUUUUACAGGAACACGUCUGGAAUCAUCAUCUGAUUAUAUCACCAGUGUUUGUGAGCGCUGUCUGAAGGACCUCUCUGUCAGAGACCAGCCACAGUGUGGAUACUCCGUCUUUAAGCAUCUGGGGACGGAGCUGGUGUUGGGCCUUUUUCUGAACGUACGAGCCGAGGAGCAGCCAGAACUUUUUGAGGAAAUCUCACAGCUCUGCACUACGCACUGGCAUGGUCUCAUCUCUGCUCCCAUAAACCUAAAGGGUCCUCUGUGGUCCUCGGGCUUUUCUACGGCUCUGGACGCCAGAGACAAACUGAUGGACAUCGUCAAAGACAAACUGCAGAAUGACAAAGAGGGUUUUGUCGGCCAUCUCGGUUCUCUGCCGCUGCCCGACUCCAGAGCUGCUGCCCAACAUCUGCUGCUCUUCAUCUCAGCUCUCAUCCCCAAAGCUCUGGCGUCGCUGCUCACCUCCUUCACUCUGGCACUCAGCGGAAACGAAAAGGAGGAGACCCGUCGCCGAGCAAAAGAAGAUCCUGACUUCCUGCACAGAGUUCUGCUGGAGGUGCAGAGGCUUUGGCCGCCUUUCAUUGGAGGACGCAGAUUAGCUGAUCAGGACUCCACCCUCGCUGGGUUUCUGGUUCCUAAGGAUUAUGGUGUGGUCUACAUCAGCCACGCCAUCCAUCGAGACCCGGAGGUGUUUCAGGAGCCGGACAGCUUCCUGCCGGACAGAUGGAGCGGAAGAAACGCAGGCCAGGAGCAUUUCCUGUGUUCCUUUGGCAACGGGCCCAGAAACUGCAUCGGACCGAAACUCACCAACGUCUUCCUCAAGGAAGCGUGCACGUACCUGUUAGAGCACUACGACUGGAGCUUGGACCCUCCGGAUCAGGACCUGCAGUACAAAUGGCUGCCGGUGUCUCGGCCCGCCGACCCCCCGACCAUCUCCUUCACCCCGACAGGAUGUGACACCAGAUAGAGAUGCACAGUACGUUUCACGAAGCACUAGAAACUGACCGUCAAGCAAACAUAGUGUCAAGAAUGAGCAGAGGAAGCGAAGAGUUUUACUGAUAUAUAUGGAAUUACUUCAGAUAUUUUUAGGAUUUUUUUUGGAAGAUUUUUACUUAUUUUUUGAAAAUGUUUACAAGGUUUUGCAAAUUUAAAGUUUGAAAAUGUGGGAAAAAAAUAUCACUUUAAAUAUUUUUAGGAUUUUUUUGGGAAGAGUUUUACUCAUUUUUUGAAAAUAUUUUCUUGCCAAAUUUGUUAUUUUAAAAAAAAAAAAAAAAACUUUUAAGGGAAACUUUUAAGGAAUUAUUAGAAUUUUCUUCCUGAAGGUUUUGCAAAUUUUCAGAAAUUUGGGGAAUUUUUUUUGCAGAAUUUUUGGAUUUUUUUCAUACAAGGAAACAAUAUUUUUUGUGGCCUGUAAAUGAGGACAACAGGAGGGUUAGGUAGGUGGUAUUUAUAAAAGUAAUAAUAAUAAUAACUUAAAAAAAAUUUCAAUUAACCUCCAAUAAUUUGAGCUAGAAAUGGCAUUUUUUUCCCCCUCUUACUGCAGUAUAAAUAUUCACACUGUUCCAUGCAGGUUCUCUCACGUGCACACAUGAAGACGGAGGUAAACCCUCAGAUUCCAUCACUGGCUGUCUCCCCUGCCCCUCUACCACCUAGCAACCACCACUGCUUAGCAACAGUUCGUCAUACCGACACCGACUUGCCUCCGUUUAAUAUGCAAGUCUCACACACACACUAACCUGGUUAUUUUUGAAAGCAUUCGGUCGACACGCCGUCUGAAUCCUGUGUAAACGAUGCCAGGAGGCAUUUUAGAAGGAUCUGAAUCAUAAACGUGAGCUACCCGGCGCCUGCUACGGGAGAAUUAAUGUCAUAUUUAUUAACCCUCCUGUUCGUCUCAUUUACCAAAAAAUAUUGUUUCCUUGUCUGAAAAAAAAAAAUCCAGAAAAUCUGCAAAAAAAAAUUUGCAAAACCUUCAGGAAGAAAAUUCCAAUAAUUCCUUAAAAGUUUCCCUUAAAAGUUUGAUUUUUAAAAAUCCCCCAAAUUUGGCAAGAAAAUUAUUGAAAAUAUUUUCAAAAAAUGAGUAAAAAUCUUCCAAAAAAAUCCUAAAAAUAUCUAAAGUGAUUGCAUAUAAGUAAAACUUCUAAUAUUUUCUUUAAGAACAUUCACAAAAAAAUCAACCAAAAUCUAGUGAAAUUCGCUAGAUUUUGGUUGAUUUUUUGUGAAUGCUCUUAAGAAACAUUUUUAACAUUUCUUUUUUUCCACCAAAAAAUGUUCAGAGAUUUCCCAAAAAUGUUGAAAAUGUGGACAUCAGAAGUUUCACUGUGAAAAUCUAUUUUUUUUUCCCCACAUUUUCAAACUUUGAAACGGGUCAGUUUUGACCUGCAGGAUGACACGAGGGUUAAUGUGAAGUGCUUUGUGUGAUGUCACAUACAUGUGUUGUGUGUUUUUGUGUUUUUAUCUGCACUUUGUGGUUUUAUGGUGUCUUAAUGUUUGAGACACUGUCUGACUUUAUGUAAUGUUUAAUUUUUUAAGUGUGUAACUCUGAGUGCUUUGUUACGGGAAAAAAUGUGGUUUCCAUUAUUUCAUGUGGUCACAUAUGAUGUAAUUUUAAAUGCGAUUAACUUAUUUAUCUGACUUUAUUUUUAGUUUGUACCACAGUGGAGUGAUUUCCAAGGAAUGAGAGGUCAUCAGGCGAUUAAAAGAAAAAAAACAAACAUGGUUUAAAGGUCAUUUUAACAUAUAUUCAAUUACUAUUCUGCUGUAAAGUCAUAUUUAAAUUAAAAUGAACCUGCUAGCAGGUUUAAAAGGCAUGUUAUCUUUUUAAAAAAUCGCCCAUUUAGAAAGUAGAAAACACACAAUGAAAGAAUAAUUGUUUUCUCCUUUCUGAUGCUUCUCAGCUCAUUUAUGUUUAGCAUGCUGUUCCGUUAACCAGAUUUAAACACUUUAUUCUGCAUGUCUCAUUUAAAAAUUUACUAAAAAUAAAUAGUUUGCCUUAAUCAGAUUGUAGGAAAAAAGAAAAGGAAAAAAUCUGUAGCCCGUAGUGACUCGUCUGGAACUAACAAUCAAAUAUUCUGAGGCUUUUCUGCUGAACUACAGGCAGUGUUUACAGCUAUCAGAUAGCAGAUAAGUAUGAAAAAUAGGUCAAAUAUUUACAAUAUGUAGACUGGUUAUUGUUUUCUACUGUUGGGAACACAAAUGGCAGCACUUGAAAUGUUGAUUCUGGAUUUUUCAACUUUUGCAAAGUAAAUUAUCCCAAAUAUUCAACUUUUGUUUUUUCUUUUUUUGUAUAAUUAAUGCAUUCUAACACAAACCUUUUACCUGUAUCGGUGUACAGUUGAUGUUUAUUAGAUAUAUUUGUAUAAUCUUGUGCAAUCCGAAGUAAUGCCUUAAUAUUCAGGUUUUAGUCGCUGUCAAAGGUGUUAUUUACUACUUUUGUUUUUCUUUUUUUAUGAUUCAGGGCAUUCUAGCGGGGUAAUAUGACAUAUUUUAGUUCUCUCUGCUUCUAGUCGUGGCUGUGCUGUGUGUUUAGUACAGGGGUGUCCAACAUGCAGCCCGUGGGCCAAAAGCGGUCCUCCAGAGGGUCCAAUCCGGCCCUCAAAGUGUAAAAAUUACAGAGAAGACAUUAACUGCAGAUUGUAAAUUAGUAAAACUAUAAAUUUAAAAUCAUUUCUAGACCAUGACAAGUUGUUUUGAUCAUAGAGUAAAAUACUAGAUUGUUCUUUUGUCUCAUUUUUUAAUAUUUUGUCUUGUUUUUGUUGUUUUUUGUCUUUUUUCGUCAGACUUUUGACGUUUGUCAUAUUUUUGUCGUCUUGUUUCUCGCUUUUGUCUUGCUAGUGUUUUUUUGUGUUAUUUUUGUCAUUUUUUGUUUUGCCUUAUUCGUUGUUCUGUGUAUAGUUUGUCGUUUGUCUACUUUUUUGUCAUUUUGUUUCUCGUUUUUGUCAUUUGUCCAUUUUUUUUGUCUCUUUUUGUUGUUUCGUGUCGUUUAUCUCAUUUUUGUCAUUUUGUUUCUCAUUUUUGUCAUUUUGUGUCAGAUUUUUGUAAUAUUUCACCUUGUUUUUGUUGUCUUUUUUUGUCUGACUUUUGUUGUUUUGAUCAUAAAGUACAGUCCUCUAUGGUUCAGUCCCAGAUAGCUGUGACUAAAUGUUGUGUUCCUUUGUAGACACUCUGUGAUCUGGAAGUUGUAAAGUGUAAAUGAUAAACUGAGGCUGAAUGUUGAUGAAAUUGAACUUAUUUUUCUUCAGAAAUUUCAGGUUGUUUUGAAAAAAGAUAAUUCCUUAAAUGUGAGCAUUUUCAGAAUGUACUUUUUUUGCAGUAAAACAAAACAAACAUUAGGAAUUGUGGUUAUUUAUAGGUUAUUAUACUGUGGUUUUACUGGUCACUGGAGAUCAAAUUGGGUUGAAUGUGGAACCUGAACUAAAAUUAAUUUGACAACAUCAAAAUUACAGUUUCAGGACACCUAAGGUUGAGAUGCACUUACAGAAAUAAAUGCACAACAACAUUCUUGCUGUAUUUUAUCGUGUUCGAGGCAUUUCAGGACCGCUGUGUUGGUUAAAAUAAAGAUCUGCUCAGUCUGAACGACA